AUGAGUAAAAGUAAGUAUAAGUUAGAUGUCAAGCAUAAAGACAAAGUCAAAGAGAUGAGUAAAAGUAAGUAUAAGUUAGAUGUCAAGCAUAAAGACAAAGUCAAAGAGUUGAGUAAAAGUAAGUAUAAGUUAGAUGUCAAGCAUAAAGACAAAGUCAAAGAGAUGAGUAAAAGUAAGUAUAAGUUAGAUGUCAAGCAUAAAGACAAAGUCAAAGAGAUGAGUAAAAGUAAGUAUAAGUUAGAUGUCAAGCAUAAAGACAAAGUCAAAGAGAUGAGUAAAAGUAAGUAUAAGUUAGAUGUCAAGCAUAAAGACAAAGUCAAAGAGAUGAGUAAAAGGAAAUAUUGUCUAGAUCAAACUCACAGACAGAGAGUAAAGACCACAAGUACAACCAAGUAUCAUAGUAAUGCAGAGUUUCAGAAAAGUGUUAAGGCAGGUAACAAAGUGAAAAAGCAGCAAUUAAAAGAAAAGAAAGCAGAUUUUGAUUUUGUGAUUGAGCAAUUUUUGUCUAAAGUUAAAGAUGGGCCAGAUUUUGUGUGUUGUGUUUGUCAAAGGUUGUUGUUUAGACACCAGGUUUUGAGCUGUAAAAAGAGUCAGUAUAAUAAGAGUGCAGACAUGGCGUUAAUUGCGGAGAAAUGUAUUUCAGAGGAGUAUUUACACACUUGUAAUGAGAACUGUGUAAGUCCAUGUCAGUUGUUAGAGUCACCUAGAGGUCAGUUGUGGAUUUGUUGCACUUGUCAUGAUAAGAUUAAUAGGAAGAAGACUCCUCCUGAGUGUGUUGUCAAUAAUCUAGGUGUACAUCCUGUUCCUCCUGAAUUGGCUUGUUUGAAUAAUUUAGAGCAGCAUUUGAUUGCUUUGCAUAUCCCAUUUAUGAAAGUGUUGGCAUUGCCUAAAGGAGGGCAAAAUGGUGUUCAUGGACCGGUGACAUGUGUUCCAGCAAAUAUUGUGGAGACCAAUAAUUUGUUACCUCGUUCCAAUAUGGAAGGAUCUUUGUUGCGCGUUAAAUUGAAGCGUAAGCUAACGUAUAAAGGACAUUAUGAGUAUCAGUUUGUUGACACUAUGCGCGUAAGGCAGGCUUUGCGGUAUUUAAAACAGAAUAACAUGUACUAUGAAGAUGUCGAUUUUAAUGAACGGUGGUUGAAUGAGUUUUGUAGGGAGCAGGAAAAUGACAGUGUAGUACAGGAAAGUGAUGGUAAUGUAGAAAAUGGUGAAACAUCUGCUGAGGUGGAUGAAGGUGAGGAUGAGCUGUUGCAUGACAGGCAGCAACAUUGUAUGUUUCAGGACACUUGUCUUAUGCCUGUAGAUAUUGGUCAGGAAGCACUCGAUCAGUAUUUUGAGGAUGUAUUGAAUCUGGCUCCAGCAGAAGGUAACAGUCCUGUGAAGUUGCUUUCUAAUCAUGAGAAUGAAGCUAAAUGUUUUCCAGUGUUGUUUCCACACGGACAUUCUGUGUUUCAUGACAAUAGAGAGCAUCGUUUAACAUUGUCACGUUAUCUUAAUAAUCGGAUUCUCCAUGCUGAUGGUAGGUUUGCACAGAAUGUGGAAUAUAUUUUUUUUGCACAGUACAUGUCAGAGUUGGAGCAGGUUGUAUCGAAUGUGUCCAUAGCUUUGAGGAAAGGCAAAGGAAGUCAGGUUUGUAAGAGAGUUAGAGAUGUAGUGAAUAAUGAGGAGUCUUUAAGGAAGUUGUUAGAGUUUGAUGAUGGUUAUCGUUUCCUUAAGCCUAUUAGAGGCACUCCUUCAUUUUGGCAGGCAGCGCAGCGUGAUCUACUUGCUUGUGUGCGUCAGCUUGGUGUUCCCACUUGGUUUUGUUCGUUUUCUGCGGCAGACAUGCGCUGGACUAAUUUACUUGGUAGUAUUUUGAAACAGGAAGGAAGAGAACAGACAGCUGAGGAGUUGGAGUGGGCAGACAGGUGUGAGUUGUUGCGUCGUAAUCCAGUCACUGCGGCGAGAAUGUUUGAUUUUCGGUGGCAUUGUUUUUUGAAGGAGGUCCUUAUGUCUCCUUCAAACCCUAUUGGCAAAAUCAAGGACUAUUUUUAUCGUGUUGAAUUUCAGCAGCGUGGGUCUCCACAUGUUCAUUGCCUGUUUUGGGUCGAGAAUGCCCCCUUAAUUGACAAAAACACAGAUAAAGAGGUAGUUGAUUUUAUUGACAGAUAUGUUACAUGUGAACUACCCUCUGAUGAUGACUCAUUAUUGGACAUUGUGUCAUCCGUGCAAAUGCAUUCAAAGCGCCACUCUAAAACGUGUAAAAAGAACAAUACAGUCUGUCGGUUUAAUUUUCCGAGGCCAGCAUCUGCACAAACAUUUGUUAGUCGUGUUAAAGUAGAUGAGGAGAUAGUUGCGUGUAAAUGUGAAAAAAGGGAUCCGACAGAGACUUUGUGUCUCAAAUGUAAAGAGCGUGAUUUUGCAGAACGAAAGGGUCGUAAAGUAAGGGCCCAUGAAAUUUUGGAAAACAUUAAGAAGGCACUUUCAGAUGAAAACCAGAGUUUUGAUACAGUGGAGCAGUUGUUUGAAAGUUUAAAUAUAACUCAGGAAGCAUUUGAAGAUGCAUACUGUCGGACUACUCGGGGUACAAAAGUUGUGUUAAAGAGGCAGGUGAAAGAGGUUUGGGUUAACCAGUAUAGUAAGCAACUUUUAAAAUGUUGGAAUGCAAACCUGGACAUCCAGUUUGUGGUGGAUGCUUAUGCAUGUGUGGUGUAUAUUAUUUCGUACAUUUCUAAGGCAGAAAAGGAAAUGGGUUUGUUGUUGGCAAAUGCACAAAAGGAAGCAGCUAAGGAUGGAAAUGUUAGUGCAAAAGAGGCAUUGAAGAAACUAGGUGGUGUUUAUUUGCAUAAUAGGGAUGUGUGUGCUCAGGAAGCAGUGUAUAGGUUGACCAACAUGCAUUUAAAGGAGUGUUCUAGGAAGGUCAUGUUUGUACCAACAGGGAACAAUGUAGUUAAGAUGAGUUUGCCUUUGAAUGUGUUAAAACAAAGGGCAACUACAGAUGACAUAAACACUGAUGAGAUGUGGAUGACGAGUUUAGUUGACAGGUAUAAGAACAGGCCCAAUGAUAGCACGUUUAAUGACAUGUGUAUUGCAGUGUUUGCGUCGGAAUACCGUGUUUUGAGCAAAAAUUAA